AUGUCAAAUUAUAAUAAUUAUAAUAAUAAUAAUAACAACAAUGGUAGUAGUCUACCACAUUCAAAUUCAUACAAUGCAUUAAAUCAAUUAGCAAGCUCAUCUUCAUCCUCUUUUACUAAUAAUAAUAAUAAUAAUAAUAAUAAUAAUAUGACUACUAGUAGUAGUAGUAGUGGAAGUAGUUUAUUAUCUUUAAUUCCACCAUCAUUAAUCAAACAAUAUGAUAAUGAAGUGGUACAGAUGUUUGAGAGAAACAUGCCUGAUCAAAUGAAAACAAUAGAAUCAAAUACAAGAUAUGAAAUCGAAGAAAAGAAAAGACAACUUAGAAGAUUAAUAGGUAAUAAAUAUAGAGAUUUAGUAGAAGGAUCAGAUUCAAUUGUAAAGAUGAAAAAAUCAUGUCAAUCAAUACAAGAUAAUAUAAAACAGAUGCAAUCGGGGCUAAAGUCAUUCAGUGAGCGACGUCUACGGAACAAUCAGGUCAUGCUGGAAUCAUCGACAUCGACAACAACCUCGUCGUCGUCGAUGGAAUCUGGCAAUCUUAAUAUAGCGAUCAUUUCAAAGUAUGCCAAGUUCCUCAUUGAGAUCAGUGAGAGAAUAUGGCGUGCCAUCGAUCAGAACGAAUUCUUUGAGGCUGAAGUACAGUUCCUCAAAGCGAAAUACAUCUACUCGCAGCUCACCACCAGUGGCCAGCUAGUCAUCGAACGACUGCCAAUCGUCUACAAUCACUGGCAAACCAUAGAGCAAUUCCCAUCGAAAACAAUUCAAAGUGCACGUGACUUUCUUAAGAAACAACAUAAUACAAGCAAUAACAACACUAGCAACAGCAACAACAACAACAACAGUAACAGCAGCAACAUAUCAAUUGAACAAUAUAUAGGAGCACUUUCCACAUUGAUUCUCUUUGAUAACUAUACUAUCAAUCAAACGAUGAAUGAGUUUCUACAUAUUAGAUUGUCACAGCUCGUCAAUCAGUUGGAUCGUGCCAUCAAACUAGAGUAUCCAACAAAGUUAAGUAUACAUAAAGCGUUGGAGUCGAUCAAGACAACGAUAUUUUUACUCGCCAGUCGGCUGUCGGCGAUGCAGCAGGAAGACAAAGACUACUCAGAGUAUCUCUGGUCGUAUCACGACGAUCCCGUAAAAUCGAUAAAGAACAAAACCAAUGGAAUCACACCGGUUGCCGAAGCAUUCCUUUCGCAUCUCUCACAGCUCUAUACCAGUUGUAUCGGUGACUUUCUCAACUUGUUCCCCGCCGACAAGGAACUAGUGACAGUGUCGUCAAGCGGUAACUCGUCGUCGUCGUCGGUUGGUGGUGUCACUACACUGACAUCACCCACCAACAGUAGUAAGAUACUCUCAAAGAAACAACAACAAUCUCAUGCCAAAUCGAUAGUAGAGCGUUACGAGAUGAAAGAGAACGAACUAAGAGAGUUUAUGAGAAAAUCAUUCUACAAUUCCAUUCGGUUAUUCUGUCAAAACAAUCAACGAUCAAUUAAAUCAUUGUAUCAAAAUAAUAUAAAUAACAAUAACAAUAAUAAUAAUAGUAAUAAUAAUAUUAAUAAUGGUAACAAAACAUCAUCGUCAGCAUUACAAGAAUUACUAUUCAUAUCAAAACUAUCGAAAUUAUUCUAUAAGCAUAUACUAGUGAAUCCUAAUCAAUUCUUAGUACCAUCAACAAAUACAAAUACAUCACCAUCCUCUAUUACAAAUAGAUUAACAACAACAACAACAUCAUCAUUAUCACCAAAUUUUAAUAACAAUAAUAAUAAUAAUAAUAAUAUUGAAUCAUUAACAAACAAAGUAGUUGAUUAUCUUAAAGAAGUAUAUUAUAUUGGAUUCAUUGUAUGGAUAGAAUCGAUAUUACCAACACACUGUACAUCAUUACAACAAAGAUUAAACAAUGAAUCAUGGGAUAACUCACAACAAUUAACAAGAUCAUGGGAGAAACAUUUGAUUCAAGAUGAUAACAACAGUACUGGUAGAACACAAAUUUACAUGCCAUAUCAACCAUCACAUUUUAUACUAUCUUUACUCUUUGAACUCUCAUUAGAGACUAAUAAGAUUAGUUUUAAUACUCUUGAUAAGAAUAUACAAAGAUAUCUAUCUAUAUCAUUGGCAAAUAAGAUCUAUAAGAUUAUCAAUAGUUUUCUGAGUGAGAAAGCAUCAAACUUUAUUACAAUAUGUAAAGAAGGUUAUCUUCAACUAUAUUUGGAUAUGAAGUAUCUCAAUGUUGUACUCUUUGGCAAUAAGAAACUACAGCCAAUUAAAGAUAACACAUUCAAUACUUCAAAAUCAUAUUAUUAUAAUAAUAUUGCAACAACGACAGGUGCUAGUGUACCAACACUUACUUCACCAGCAUCGACAACCACACCAACAACGACAACAACAACAACAGAACCAGAAAUGAAAACAAUGUCAGAUGUUAUAAAUUUACUCGAAGAAAAGAUCGAUCCAAUUGAUCUUAUAUUAUAUAAAGAAUAUGUAAAUAAGUUUGUGGAAACAUCUUAUAACAAAACAACAACAUUGUUUGGUGGUUUCACCAAGGUGCAUAGGUCAAUAAUCAAGAGUGAUAAUUCUUUGGAAUCAUUAAAUAUAUCUAUGUUAUAA